UCCACAAAGGAGAAGGAUAUUUGAAUCUCAGUGAUAUAAACUGGUAUAAAAUUUGAAGGAAGAUUAAGGUGAAGAAUGGCGUCCGGCAAUAUCGAUUGUGACACAGAGCUCUCUCUAACGCCUGGCGGCCGGUCGAGCAGUAGCAGAAACCAAAGUGGUGAUGGAAGGCCGGGGGUGUCGGUAAGAGGUCCACCGGCGACCCCCGCCGCCGGCGAUCUGCAGCAGAAAAUUAGUAUUUUCUAUGGCGGCCAGGUUUGCAUCUGCGACGUCACUGAGAUUCAGGCGAGGGCAAUAAUAUGCAUGGCAAAGAGGGAGAUGGAGGAGAAGAUGAAGAGAAGCGGCCAGUCAGCUUCUGCUCUUGGUGGUUCAUGGCCGGAGCCGGCGCCGGCGCCGGACCACCAGGUACUGAAUUCGAGGUUGUCAAUGAAAAGAUCGCUGCAGAGUUUCUUACAGAAGAGGAAGACUAGAGCUUGUGAAAGCUCCACUCCGUAUCCCACUCAGAAGGAACAGAAUCUACACUCUGAUUCAUCUUCUUCCUCAUGACGUAGUGAUUGUAUCGCAGAGUUCGAUUUGUUCUUUUAGUAUUCAUUUGGUUUAUUUAAAUUGUGCUGUAGGACUGUAGGAGUACUAUCGAUCCCUUUGUUGGUUUAAGCGUUGAAUAUAUGUUAUCAGAAUAAUAAAAAUGAUUUGUAUAAAUGUAACAUCAAAACCAUA